AUGAAUUUUGUAUGCGAAUUACGUUUUCCAUUGGCAACAACACGUCAUGCUCAAAUCGUCUAUAAUACAGUACGCAUUGAUAAAGAACCAAAGAAAACAGUUCAACGUAUUGAAUCAUUAGAUAAUAAUAUUCUCAAUGUUCGAUUUGAAGCUGAAGAAGCAAAAUUUAUGCGUGUAGCUGUUGAAAGUUAUAUUGAAAAAAUUAAUUUAAUACUUCGUACAAUUCAACGUUUUGAUCCACAACUUUAA